AUGCCGAGCGCCAGUGAGACAAGUACAGAUCUGACGAGCCGCAAUCCCUACGGCCACGGCAAUGGGGUUAGCGAUUUUUUGAGCAAUGUCUCGCGGUUCAAGAUUAUCGAGAGUACCCUGCGUGAGGGCGAGCAAUUUGCCAAUGCCUUCUUCGACACGCAGAAGAAGAUCGAGAUUGCCAGGGCACUAGAUGAGUUUGGGGUUGAUUACAUUGAGCUCACAAACCCGUGCGCCUCAGAGCAGUCGAGGCUUGACUGCGAGGCCAUCUGCAAGCUAGGCCUUAAGGCUAAGAUUCUGACCCAUAUUCGGUGCCAUAUGGACGAUGCGCGCAUCGCGGUGGCCACCGGCGUUGAUGGCGUCGAUGUAAUGAUCGGAACAUCGUCUCUUAUGCGCCAGCACUCCCAUGGCAAGGACAUUGAGUAUAUCAAGAAGACCGCCAUUGAAGUAAUCAACUUCGUCAAGUCGCAAGGCAUUGAAGUCCGCUUUUCAACAGAAGACUCCUUCCGCUCGGACCUGGUGGACCUCCUCUCAAUCUACUCUGCCGUUGACCAAGUCGGCGUGAACCGAGUCGGUGUUGCCGAUACAAUCGGCUGUGCCUCCCCACGACAGGUGUAUGAGCUCAUCCGCGUCCUUCGCGGUGUAGUCAGCUGCGAUAUAGAGACCCAUUUCCACGACGACGCGGGAUGUGCAAUCGCAAAUGCAUAUUGCGCUCUGGAAGCAGGUGCAACACAUAUCGACACUUCGGUACUGGGGAUCGGUGAGCGGAAUGGUAUCACCCCGCUUGGAGGGCUGAUGGCGCGCAUGGUUGCCACGCAUCCAGAGUAUGUGAAGUCAAAGUACCGCCUCGAUAAGAUUAAAGAUAUCGAGGAUCUUGUUGCCGAGGCUGUGGAGAUUAAUAUCCCGUUCAACAACUAUAUCACGGGCUUUUGCGCGUUCACGCACAAGGCUGGUAUCCAUGCCAAAGCCAUCCUCAACGACCCAAGUACCUACGAAAUCAUCAACCCCGCAGAUUUUGGCAUGACCCGCUAUGUGCAUUUUGCCUCGCGGCUGACCGGUUGGAACGCCAUCCGAUCCCGGGCGCAGCAACUAAACAUCAGCAUGACCGACAAGCAAUACAAGGAGUGCACGGCCAAGAUCAAGGCUCUAGCAGAUAUCCGCCCGAUUGCGAUCGAUGAUGCCGACAGUAUCAUCCGGGCGUACUAUCGCAAUAUUCAAUCGGGCGAGGACAAUCCGUUGAUGGAGCUCACUGCAGACGAGGCAGCGCAGCUUGCGGCGAAGGAGAAGGAGCUCGGGGAGGUGGUGACUGCGUGA